AUUUUAUUGCAGAGCACAUGAAGUGACGUAAUCCUCCUAGGCCAUGUUGUGUUCAGAUUUUUUGGUCAGGUGUUGAAGUAUUGAAAUGUGGUCGUUCUUCGCGCGGGAUCCCCUGCGAGACUUCCAAUUUGAGUUUGAUAAAACUCAAUCGCUCUCAUGUUCCAUUUGGCGCCUGCACGAGGGCUCAAAGAGAGGCUUCACGGAGGAGAGCACUGUCUUCGUUCUUGCGGAAGAAUCGAGAGUCGAGGAUGCGAAGUCAAAUGCCAAGAAAUUGAAGCUACUUCGCCACCCGAACAUCUUGAAAUACUUUGACAGCGCUGAGUCCGAGAAGUGCGUCUACAUCGCAACCGAGAGGGUUAGGCCGCUUCAAAUCUUUUUGGAGUCCGCGGGAACAGGACAGAAACGUGAUAUCAACCUCAUAUGGGGAAUCCAUCAACUUCUGUGUGGGCUGAGCUUCUUGGAGAAAGCGGGCAGUGGCCAUGGUAAUGUGAUAGCAUCUUCGGUGUACGUGACUCGAAGCGGAGAAUGGAAACUCUCUGGGUUCGAAGCAAAGUCUGGCGACGAUCGACGCUGUUUUGCCGAAUUGGUGAAGGACAUUUAUCGAGGAAAACUUCCGAAAUUAUUCGCUCCAAUUGUUUCGCGUCUCAAUAGCGAAGCAUCUACCCUCAGUGAUGCCUUGGAUCGAUUAAAGGCUCCCGGCGGGUUUUUCGACGAUGAAAGAAUUCGCCUCUUACGCGACAUAGAACAUCUUGGCAAAAUUUGUCUACCACCUUUAUCCUUAUGUGCAUUUCAGACUGCGUCGAAAGAGGAUGCGCAAUCCAUUCUCACCAAGGUUCAGAAACUCAUGGAUGACUUUCCAACCGAUUUGUGUCGAUUCAAGAUACUUCCCGCUAUGAUGAACGCCCAUGAAUACGGUACUGCCGGUGUAACUGCUUUGACAACAAUUUUCAAGUAUGCACAGUUACUGGAAGCCAAGGACUACACGUCUGUCGUUCUUCCGUUUGUCGUCCGGCUGUUCGGAUCCAAGGACAGGGCGACGCGUUUACGAUUAUUGCAAAAUAUGGAUCAAUUUGCUCCUCACCUCACCGCCAGUGCCGUGAAUUCAGAGAUAUUCCCGAACUUAGUCCUCGGUUUUCAAGACACGAAUCCUACAAUCCGGGAACAUACACUUAAGGCGCUUCUUGCGCUUGCCAGCAAACUCAACCCCAACAAUCUGAAUGUGGAAACUCUGAAACACUUGGCUCGAUUACAAACGCGUGACGAAGAAGGCGGAAUCCGGACAAACACGACAAUCUGUUUAGGCAAAAUGGCCCAGUAUUUAGACGUGGAGACGAGGAGGAAAGUUCUGAUCCCUGCAUUUUGCAGAUCUUUGAAAGACCCGUUUCCUCCGGCUCGUUCAGCCGGAGUUCUCGCGCUUUCUGCGUGCCAGGGAUAUUUCUAUUUGGCCGAAGUUGCGUGUCGUGUCUUGCCUGCAUUAGCACCUUUGACGAUUGAUCCCGAGAAGGCAGUUCGAGUGGAAGUCUUCAAAGCUCUCAACGGCUUUGUGCAGAAACUCGAAAAGGUUUCCAAUGACCCAACGUUGAAGGAAGGCAUGGAAGUUGACGUGAACGCGGCUGUUGGAAAAGAUGCCAGUACUUCGGGUUGGGCGGGCUGGGCCAUGUCUGCUCUGUCGAACAACCUCGUCAAACACAUAGGAUCCCGUAGGAAAGCGAAAUCGGAAACGAAAUCGGAAAACGUCAAGGCGGAAGAAGAGAAUCCUGUUAGUGGGAACGAAGAAGACGGAGACGGAUGGGAAGGAAUAGGUGAAGAAGAGUUGGUGAAUGACACGAAUUCCGAGAACAUCGGACAGAACUGGGGCUGGGAUAAUGAGUGGGAAAAGCAGCCCGGCGAAACCACUAGCAAAACUGAAGUGGAAAGGGACGACUUCUUCGCUCCAAUAGUUGCAGAAAAGCUUCCGGAUGCGAACGCGAAGGGAGAUUCUUGGGAUUCCUGGGAAGAUACAGAUGAUGGGACUUGGAAAGGUAUAAACGAAGCCCCGGUGACAAGGAAAACUCCGCGGAAGCCAGUGUCUAACAGCGAGCGCCAACCUCGUCUCGGUGCUCGUUUGGGUGCCAAAAAGCUGUGAUUUCGGCGAUUUAUCGAGAAUACUGCGACUUGUGAAUUUCGUGCGACGAACCACUUGCGUAUUGGCAGCCUUAUUUCUGCUUGGUUCACUUUAUUUUUCUAUUCUUCGCAAGCGGAAGGAUCUUCCUUCUACGAGGAUUUUGUCUUGGGUGUUUUUUUUUCAGUGCUUGAGAAAUUAUUUUUUUAUUAUCACGUGUGGAGUUUCAAUGCAAUUCUACUUGUCCUUAUCGGAAAA